AUGGCUUGUGACUUUGGAUUCAAGCUUUGGCUGCUGCGUGUGAAAGCUCCCGAUGUAUCGACAUUCUGCGCUGUGGAAACCAUGGUACGUGACAUGGUGUUCGGAGAGGAAGGAUGGGAGGGAUCAGCCUGGCUCAGUGUUGGGCCACUUUUUUGCACGCUGAAGCCCGCAUACUGUGCUUCGCAAUUGUCGUUGCGCCGACUUCUCGACGCAAGGUUCUCAAAGGCUACGCGUUGCGUGCGCUAUAUCCUUUCUGGUUCGGAGAAGAACAAGUAUUUGGGAGAGCAAAUUGGGCGGCAAAUGUCCAAUGCUCACAUUGUUGGAACGCCGGGGGAACAUGCUUUUUGCGCAGCUCACCACACCGUGCCGCUGCUUUCCGUGCAACGUUUGACUCAACCAUGA